CCAAUGGUGUUAGGAGUACUGUGACCAUAACGAUUCACUUUUUUUUACCUUAACGAUCAAAGUAACACGUGUCCCUCCUGAUAUUUUUUUUCUCACUUCUUUCCAAUCAUUUUUCUCUCUCUAGGGUACACUAUAUAUAGAUGGUAGAACUUAGCUUUGUCCAUUAAACCACAUCAAUUAUUUUCUCUGUUGUUGUAGUAGCACGAGAGUUCUCCCUUUAAAGUUUGUACAUCCCAUUUAAUUUUGCUGCUACUGAAAAAAAAAAAAUGGAUAGAAAGCACUUGCAUCACCAGAUUGGCUACAUGAGGAAAUCCCUCUUUGAUCAGGGCUACCUUGAUGAUCAAUUCAUGCAACUUGAGGAUUUGCAAGAUGAUGCAAACCCUAAUUUUGUUGAAGAAAUUGUGACGUCCUUUUAUGGUGAUUCAGCUAGACUAAUUCAGAACAUAGAACAGGCACUAGUCAACAGGCCUGUUGAUUUUGGUAAGCUAGAUGAUUACAUGCACCAGUUCAAAGGCAGCAGCUCAAGCAUUGGAGCUAAAAAGGUGAAGAUGGAAUGCACGCAGUUUAGGGAAUACUGUUGCGCUGGAAAUAUUGAAGGAUGCAUUAGGACUUUCAAACAACUGAAGCAAGAACAUGCUACUUUGAGGAGGAAGCUUGAAACAUAUUUUCAGUUGGUAAGACAAGCUGGAUAUGCUAAGACUGCCUGAAGUGGCUAACUAACUAAGCCAAAUAUAUGAUUGUGACAUGCAUAAGGAAUCCUGACUAGCAUUUUCUGGACUUUCACUGUAUAAUGUACAGUGUCACCCACUACCCAUCAAAAUUAUAUAUGUAUACAUAUGGAGGGUUUCAAGAAUUUGUCUUUGGCUGUCUAAUGAGAUAUAUAUAUAUGUUGUAUAUGUUGCUCGUAUUAAACUAAUCUUAUUACUAGAGAGUUAAAUACUUUAUUUCUA